AUGAACAGCAUUCCGUACGACUCCGCAUCCAAUGACGAUCCACUCCGCCAGUUCGACUUUUACUUGCCGGAGCUAGCCCUUUCUUUGCCCCAUACGCCCUCGCUCCUCUGCUUUAUCCACGGUGGCGCCUGGAGAUCUGAAGACAAGCAAGACCAUGCCCAGCUCGCCCGCAGGCUCGCUGCAGCCACAGCCUGCCCAGUAGCUGUGCCUAACUACCGCCUCACUCCCAGCGAUAACCACGAUCCGCGAUUUCGUCACCCAAUCCAUGCCCAGGAUAUUCUGACCUUUCUCAAAUUUGUCAGGACAUGGCGUUAUCAAGGACAGCUUUCCGAUGCGUUCGAUCCAGACUCGCUUGUCUUGCUUGGGCACAGCUGCAGCGCGCACAUGCUCGCCUCGAUUCUCCUCGACAGCCACCAAGCUAGUUUGGUCCCGUCUCCAGACCUUUUAAGCUCGGUCAAGGGCGUGGUGCUCUCAGAAGGCAUCUACGACCUAGACAAACUCGUCGCCCGUUUCCCCGCUUACCAAGCCUGGUUUAUCGAACCCACCUUUGGCCCCCCAAGCUCCGGAGACGCGCCUUAUAGACGCUUUUCGGCACUGGAAUAUCCCCUCCGGCUGUCUUCUCCUUCGUCUUCUUCGGCGCUGGCGUGGCUUUUGCUCCAUUCAACAGGCGAUACUCUCAUCGAUCUUGACCAAACGCGCAGCAUGUACAACCAUCUCGUGCAAAUCGCACCUACUCCUAGUCUGAUAUCCAUCAACACGGACGCCCUCAAAGAGGAGCAUGAUGCCAUCUUUGAAGGAGACGCCUAUCUCCAGCUCGUCAGGCAGUUUACGUCUCGACUUAUCCCAGAGUAG